CACCCAGCCCGGAGGCUGAAAGCCUGGAGGUGGGAUUAAGCCAGGCUUUACUUGAUCUCCUCCCAGCGACCAGGCUUUAUAAAUCCCCUUGUGCCACCCGUCACAGCACCCAAGGGUGCCCUGGGGGCUCGCCAGCAUGGCGCAGCAGCGCCGCGUCCAGCUUUCCACCCAGCGUCCCACCAGCACCGUCUGCGUGCUGGGCACCGAGCUCUCCCUCGAUGUCUGCGGAUCCGCACCCAAAGACGCCGUCACCUUCCACGUGCAGGGAACACCAGGAGUGAAGCUCUAUGUGGUGCAUGACACACAGAGCAUCAAGCUGCCCUCCAGCGUGAGCCGCUGGCCCCUGGCCUCCAGUGCCGAGGUGCUGCUGGCCAUGGAUGCUCUCAGCAAGGACGUGGGUGAUGAAAAGGUCAGGAUUUCCUAUUUCGGGGAGGCCGGCGGGGUGCCCGUGGGCAGAGCCAUGCUGUACCUCACCUGCGUGGAGGUCUCGCUGGAUGCUGACAUUACCCGCGGUGGGACGGUGAGCAGGACGCUGCUGGAUAAGGCAACGUGGACAUGGGGUCCUGAUGGACACGGGGCCAUCCUGCUGGUGAACUGUGACCGUGAUGAUCCUAAAGCCAAGAUGUUGGAUAACAGUGACACUGCCAUCCGCUCUUAUGAUGACCUGAAGGAUAUGUCGCAGAUGGUGCUGCGCACCCGAGGUCCCCGCACCAUCUUCACCGGCCACCGCCUCGUCCUCCACGUGGACUAUAGUGAUGCUGAUAAAGUCGGUGUUUUCUACGGCGGCAACAGUGUUGCACUGGAGGAGUACAAGCACGUCCUGGGGGGCUCAAAGCUUGCCUACACCGUCAAACCCAGCCGGCAUCAGGAGGAGAGCAUCUUCUACGUGGAGGGACUCGCCUUCCCUGAUGUUGGCUUUUCGGGGCUGGUGGCUUUCCAUGUCACGCUGCUGGAGAGCCCCGAGAAGGGGCUGUUGGAGACUCCCAUUUUCACCGACACCGUGGUAUUCCGCAUGGCUCCGUGGAUCAUGACCCCCAACACCGCAGCACCGCUGGAGGUCUUUGUCUGCAGUGUGGACAACAACGAGGAUUUCGUGGCGGCCGUGGGUGCUGUGGCUGAGAAAGCCAAGUGCCCGCUCACUGUGUGCCCGCUGCUGGAGAACCGCCAGGACCGCUGGAUCCAGGAUGAAGUUGAAUUCGGCUACGUGCAAGCUCCCCACAAGACCUUCCCCGUCGUCUUUGACUCGCCCCGUGACCGGGGGCUGAAGGAUUUCCCUGUCAAGAGCAUCCUGGGCCCUGAUUUUGGUUACGUGGCCCGGCAAGCACCGGAGGGUACUUCCAGCCUGGAUUCCUUUGGGAAUUUGGAGGUGAGCCCCCCUGUGACAGUGCAGGGCAAGGAGUACCCCUUGGGCCGCAUCCUGAUCGGCAGCAGCUUCCCCAGGUUUGGUGGCAGGAGGAUGGCAAAGGCUGUCAAGGACUUUCUCACUGCCCAGAAGGUGCAGGCACCGGUGGAGCUGUUCUCAGACUGGCUUGCUGUUGGCCACGUGGAUGAGUUCCUCAGCUUCGUCCCUGCACCCGAUAGGAAGGGUUUUCGGCUGCUCCUGGCCAGCCCCAGCGCCUGCUACCAGCUCCUCAAGGAGAAGCAAGAGGAGGGCUUCGGCGAGGCAGCGAUGUUCCAUGGACUGGAAGGGGUGCCCAGGACAACCAUAACCGAGAUUCUGGCUGACGAAGGGCUCCGGAAAUUCAAUAGUUAUGUCCAGAGCUGCAUCAACUGGAACAGGGACAUCCUGAAGCACUCGCUGGGCUUGGCCGAGCCCGACAUCCUCGACAUUCCCCAGCUCUUCCGAGGUGAUGCUGCCCAAGGCGCCGAAGCUUUCUUCCCAGACAUGGUGAACAUGCUGGUGCUGGGCAGGCACUUGGGCAUCCCCAAGCCCUUUGGACCGCAGGUGGGUGGGCAGUGCUGCCUGGAGGAGCGGGUGCGGGCGCUGCUGGAGCCCCUCGGCCUCACCUGCACCUUCAUCGACGACUACUUCUCCUACCACGUCUUCUCCGGGGAGGUCCAUUGCGGCACCAACGUCCGCCGUAAGCCCUUCACCUUCAAAUGGUGGCACAUGGUGCCUUGAGGUGGCUUCAGCCCCCGUGUCCCUCCUCUCCGCAUCCCUGUCCCCAUCCCACAAGUGCCUUCAGCGGUGGUGGCAGUCGGCCUGUCCAAAAUAAAGCAGGGCUGCAGGUUUCUCCU